AUGUCUCAAACUGUAUCUGUCUGCAUUGGCCAGAUCUCGCACUUCCCUCCAUCUUGUUCACAUGAAACUGUAAAGAGGGUCUGGCACCAUGUUUGCCAAGUCCAGGUCUUUGUUGAUCUAUCUAUAAGUACCUCUGAUUAUCCUCCUCAUUUUAAUCCUGCAUCACACAACAAAGUCCUCAUCACUACAACCAAGUCCUCAUUUCAGAACCAACUCCAUCUCAUCCACCUCCACCAACCAAUAUACCACAUCCUACCACACCCACUCAGUUCAGCUCCAACUCAUCAAAUCGACAAAAUACAGUUCUCCGCCAUCACCACUUUCGCCCUUCUCGGAAGCGCUUUGGCCGCUCCAGCUCCCAUUGAGCAGAGAGGACUCACUGAGUCUGUUGGCCUAAUCGUCGACACCUUGAACGCCACUGUCACCCAAAACUUAGGUCAAAUCACCAACCUUGUUUCCGGUGUCAAGAAUAACGUGGAAGCAUCCGUCCAAGUAGCGGCUCAAGUCGGGGCCGACUUCCAAGCCAUUGCAGCAGCACUUACUACAGCCGCUCAAGGCAUCACAGCUGCUACAGUAACAGGGAUUGGCGGACUCAGCGGACAACUUCUUCUCCUUUCUGACACCCAAAUCAAAGCGUUAGCUGCGAGUCUCGCCGAGGCGCAGGCACUGGUUAAGCAAAUUGGCGUGACAAUUACUCUGACGACGACCAACUUGGCUCCAAUUGCACUUCAAACCAUUCAAGCCGAGCUUGAUGCAGCGGCGGCUGCUGUCAUUCCUUUCGUUGGACCUCUCACUAAGUUCGCCACUGCUGUUGCCAAUGCUCAGCUUGGGUUGAGUGCUGCUGUCACUGGCUUGCAAAAGGCCGUGAUUGGGUUGGUCGGUAUUCUUGGAAACCUUCUUGCAGGCUUGUUGUAAGAGACAGAUGGGAUUUCACUGUCAAACUUUACCACAUCCUUUUGUGGUGCUUCAAACGACCCGUAGCUGGCUAGUUUGGUCUUGAUAUAUGUGGCACUACGCUAAGCUAUACUUUCAUUUGUUUUCAUCUAAUAGUGUAUUAAUCGAGAU